UAACAUGCACAACGCGCCUAGCUUCAAAACUCUCAGUUUUCAUAAAACCUUUGUAAAAGGGGCAUAAUUCAAGCUAAAUGGUAACAUGAAGUUCCGCGGAAAGAUAAUUGACGUGGCCUGUUUAAACCACUUCACCCGGGUGAUCAUGACCAUCUCAAAGCUCACCAAGACCUGUGUGCUGCGCCUGACUCCAGAUAAUCUGUUUUUUAUUCUGUCCGAGAAAGUGGCCAAUGGAGGCGUCAGCAUGUGGUGCGAACUGGCCCAGGCAAACUUCUUUGACGAGUAUCAAAUGGAGGGUGUAACACAGGAAGAUAACGAGAUCUGCCUAGAGGUAGUGCCAGAGAACCUUGCGCGAGCUUUAAAGACGCUUCAAAAUGCCAAAGCCCUGAAGGUCAAGCUCACCAAGAAACACUGCCCCUGCCUGACCAUCGCCGCUGACCUGCCAACUCUCUCCACUGUGAGCCGAGUGGUCAUGCACGAUGUUCCGGUCGACGUCAUUCCCAGAAAACUGUGGCAUGAAUUUAAGGAACCUCACAUGCCCAACUUUGAUGUCAGUAUCUACCUGCCGCCGCUCAAAACCCUUAAAAAUGUGGUGGACAGAAUGAAGAACCUCUCCAACUUCCUGGUUUUGGAGGCGAACAUGAGCGGAGAGAUGAACCUGAAGAUAGAAACAGACCUGGUCUCAGUCACAACUCACUUUAAAGACCUGGGAAACCCACCUUGGGGGGAGGAUGGCUCUCAAAGAGACAGUGAUUCCAUGGCUCAGGCUCGGCUGGACGUCCGGAGGUUGCAGCAGUUUCUGAUGGGUCAACAGGUCAACCCCACCAAGGCCCUGUGCAACCUGGUCCAUCAGCGGCUCGUGCACCUGAUCCUGCUCCAUGAAGACGUCUCCCUGCAGUACUUCAUCCCUACUGUGGCCUAGAUGGGGCGCUGUGAGGCGGCGCUCUGGUACAGGGACCACUGGAUCUUCUGGAC